AUGACUUCCCCACCGACUUCCCCACCUCCGAUUGGGUCUACCUCUGCCCUAGCUGUCAACAUAGACCAGAACAUACACUAUGUUCCUUCCUUUGAGCUUGAAUGUGGUGCCGUGCUGCGCGAUGUUCCUGUCGCAUAUAAAACCUGGGGCUGUUUGAAUGAGGCUCGGGAUAAUGUUAUGGUUAUCUGCCAUGCGUUCACUGGAAGCUCAGACGUGGAGGAUUGGUGGGGACCGCUCAUGGGCAAGGGCAAGGCCUUCGAUCCUACUCGUUUCUUCAUCUUCUGCGCAAACACGAUGGGAUCUCCUUACGGGACAGCAUCGCCCGUGACUGCCAAUCCUGACACAAAUGAGAACUAUGGACCCGAGUUCCCGCCUACAACAAUACGCGACGACGUUCGCCUACACAAGCUCGUGCUUGACUUCUUGAAUGUCUCAUCAAUCGCCGUUGUCAUCGGUGGCUCCAUGGGCGGCAUGGCUGUACUAGAAUGGCCACUCUGCUCACCAGAGGGCUAUGUUCGGCGCAUCGUACCAAUCGCGACUUCCGCUCGACAUAGCGCUUGGUGCAUAUCUUGGGGAGAAGCUCAACGGCAGAGCAUCUACAGCGACCCAGGAUAUGAGGAUGGGUACUACAAGAAGCAGCCAGCCUCGGGCCUAUCCGCAGCGCGCAUGGCCGCUCUGCUGACUUAUCGCUCCCGCGACAGCUUCGAGAGCCGGUUCGGGCGCAAACCACAGCUGGUGAAGCGCGGCGGCUUAGCUACAACUCCUCCCGCGUCGCCUCAUCUUGCGUAUCAUAACGACGGACACCGCAGUUCUUACACAUCUUCGCGCCCGCAAUCUCCCGUUGCAACACCUGGCGUAGUUGCACCGGCGCCGCCGAAGGUAUUCUCGGCGCAAAGCUACCUUCGAUACCAGGGCGACAAGUUCACCGCGCGCUUCGACGCCAAUUGCUACAUCCACAUCACACGCAAGCUCGACACUCACGACCUCGCACGCGAUCGUGCACCGGAGGACUUGGAUGAAGAAGCGGCACUGGCACAUGCUUUGAAGCAGUUGCCGCCAAAGACGUUGGUCAUUGGGGUAGAGAGCGACGGACUAUUCAUGACGAGCGAGCAGCGUGAGAUCGCUGCGCACGCGCCGGAAGCGGAGCUUGUCAUUAUCCAAAGCCCGGACGGACACGAUGGGUUCUUGCUCGAGUUCGAGCAGCUCAACACGCAUAUCAUGCGCUUCUUGCAUACGGAGUUUCCGGAGUAUUAUGAAGGCGAUGGCCUGGUGUGCGAGGAUGAACCCGGCGAGGGAGAGGAGGGCUUCGAGAUCAAGAAGACGAGCAUGUUCGGGGAGGCAGAGGCGGACUUGACUCAAUGGUAG